CGCCUCCCUCAGCCUCCUCACGAUCCCGCAGGAUAACCACCCCCCUCCCCAUCCCCCACCCUGCGCGAAAAUGGACGAUGUCCCGGCGCUGGUUCACAUCUCCAUCUCGUUGUGGAUCCAACCCAACGACGGUGACGUUUUCUUCAAGGUGGACGGAAGCCGCUUCGGGCAAACCCGAACCAUCAAGCUGCUCACGGGCUCCAAGUACAAAAUCCAAGUGCUCGUCAAGCCCGGCGCCGUCGAGGCCACGAGCAUGAACAUCGGCGGCGUGGUGUUCCCUCUGGAGGAGCAGUCGCGAGACGCCGAUCACGUCGUCUAUCACGGACGCUACGACACCGAGGGCGUCCCGCACACCAAGAGCGGCGACCGGCAGCCCGUGCAAGUCAGCAUACAGUUUGAGCGCGCGGGCAUCUUCGAGACGGUGUGGCAGGCCAAGUACUACAACUACUACAAGCGCGAGCACUGCCACUUUGGGAACAAAUUCAGCAGCAUCGAGUACGAGUGCAAACCCAACGAGACGCGCACCCUCAUGUGGAUCAACAAGGAGGCCUUCAACUGAGCACCCGCAUUUUCUUCGUCUUCUCUCGCCGGCGGCGGUCGCAUCGUCGCACGUUUUGUGUCAGUGUUGAGAAAAAUUGAGAAAAAAAUGGGGGGGGGGGGUCAGGUACCUUACGGUCGAGUUUUCACGAGCUCUCCCCGAUCAGUCUUUCCAUCUUCUGAUUGUAAACAGCCCCUGCGAUUGGAUGCGUAUGAUGUCUUACUUGUUGCGAUUGGUCGCCCCGUCCAGGCCAAGCCCCUUUCUGCUGUUUUCAUCACUAGCCAUUGCCAUCCCUGUGUUGUUGUUGUUGCUGGUGGUGGUGGUGGUGGGGAAUGCCCUUUGUUUGGCUUUCAUGUUGUUUUCCUUCCUUGAUUAAAAAAAAAAAGAAAGGGGGGGGGCAGCAGAAUAAAGCGCCCGCUCACUCGUUGGCUCUUC